ACGAAGUCUGACGUAAAUGCUGUAACUAACUUACAUAUAUAACUUUUAAACGGUGUUAUAAUAUUCGGCCAUGUAAACAAAGCAAAUUUCGAAAUUAAGAUAAUACGUAUUUUUCAAGCACAAAUAGUUUAUAAUAGCUUAUUAAUAAGGAGAUCAAGAUAAAUGCAGUUCAUAAAGUGGUUCCCACGAAUUUCAUUUUUUAAAUCCAAGCGAAGAUGCAGUUCUGAGUGCAUUAAUAAUUCAAAUACAAAUGAUGAAGUCAAAGAGCUUUUAAGUAAUGUUUCAAAUUUAUCUACUCAACCAUAUUUUACCUUCAAUCAAUCUAAUAAUAGAAGGCUAGUAAAAAAAAAUGGUGAAAGAAAUGUAAGAUCAAAAUAUGUACUCAGACAUCUUUAUUUAAGAGACAUUUUUACAACAAUUGUUGAUGCUAAGUGGAAAUGGCUUAUUGGAUUGUAUACAAUAUUUUAUUUAGCUUCUUGGCUUGUAUUUGGUUUAAUUUGGUGGUUGAUACUAAUUUUUCAUGGUACUAAAUGUUUUGAUCACAUAACAACUUUCAAAGAAGCUUUUUUGCUUUCUCUUGAAACAUCUAUGACAAUUGGGUAUGGUGGAAGGCAGAUAUCCAGUGCUUGUGAAGAAACCAUUCUUCUGCUUAUUAUUCAGUCUUUAUUGAGCUAUUUUUUAGGAGCAUGUUUUUGUGGUUUAAUAUACACCAAAAUUGCUAGACCUGGAAAACGUGAGUCAACAGUUCGUUUUUCACAUCAUGCAGUUAUUACAAAGCGUGACAAUAAAAUGUGUUUUAUGUUUAACAUAGCUGAUGUACGUAAACGUCAAUUAAUUGAAUGUCAUGUUAGAAUGUAUUUAUUCAGAUCUUAUAAAACAAUUGAAGGUAAAACAGUUCACAAUCAUCAAGAUCAACUUAGAGUUGGUACUGACUGGAAUAAUAUAAGAGAUGAAAGUGAUCGUUUAUUUUUACUCUUUCCAUGCACUGCGGUUCAUGUAAUUGAUAAAAUGAGCCCUUUUUACUAUAUUUCAAAAAAUGAAUAUCAACAGUCAAAUUGGGAGAUUGUUGUUGUUUUAGAAGGAACAGUCGAGGCCACUGGUUAUGUCAUGCAAACUAGGACUUCUUAUUUACCAUGUGAAGUGUUAUGGGGUGCUGAUUUCGAUGACAUGGCAACAAGUGAAGACUGGUAUGACCAAUUAAUGCUUUAUCGACUUGAUAAAAUAGAUAAUUUUUCUUCAGUUGAAUAUGUACCUGAAUGCAGUCCUUAUGAAUAUUAUAAAUCAAUAAACAUGCAACCAAUUGACCUUGUUCCUCGUCAAGAUCAUUUAAUGGUUGGAGCAUGUGGUGUUAGCACUCUUGAUGUUAAUAGCCACGCUCAAUCUGAAAAUAUUGUUUUGAACUCUAAAAAUAAAAUGUUGACUUGCAUUAAAGAAGAACCAAAAGUUUAAAGUUUUUAUUUUUGUUCAAUUUUAGUGGGGAACUUCUUUUUUAAAUUAAAAUAAAUUCUUAAUUU